AUGGCGGCAAAACCAGCUCAAUCUCUAGUUUCCCCGGCAACUUUCACCUUUCCGAUCAACCUUCAAAACCCCACUCCUAUGCCGUUCUUCCAUCGUCAGAACAAAACCAAAAUCACGCGUCUCCAAUCCAAACCCGACCCGGAACCGACCCGCCCGCUCCCGCCGGGUCCCCUGAAGCUCCCCGUGAUCGGGAACCUCCACAACCUGGCUCUCUCCGGCGAGCUCCCCCACCGCGCCCUCCGCUCCCUGGCCGCCGUCGACGGCCCGCUGAUGCACCUCCAGCUCGGCGAGGUCCCGGCCCUCGUCGUCUCCUCGCCCCGGUUCGCCCACGAGGUGUUCAAAACCCACGACCAGGUUUUCGGGCAGCGGCCGGAGCUCCUCACCACGAAGAUCAUAUCCUACGACAACACCGACCUCGCCUUCUCCGAGGGCGACUACUGGCGCCAGAUGCGGCGGAUCUGCAAGACGGAGAUGCUGGGCCCGAGGCGGGUCCGGUCGUUCUCCGUCAUCCGGGACGACGAGGCCCGGAAGCUCGUCGUCUCGGUCGGGUCCGACCCGGGAUCCCGAUCGGGCUCGGGCCUGGACCUGACCCGGAGGAUCUACGCCAUGACGAGCAACGUGGUGGCGCGUGCGGCGUUCGGGGACGAGUGCGAGGACCAGGAGAGGGUGAUUGAGAUCGCCGAGAGGUCGCUGGCGCUCGCCGGGGGUUUCGAUUUGGUCGAUCUUUUCCCGUCGGCGGGGUUUCUUCAGGGCUUGACCGGAAUGCGGCGGAAGUUGGAGGCGCUGAGGCAGCAGCUGGAUAUGGUGUUGGAUAAGAUAAUUGACGAGCAUCGACUGAAAUUGGCGGCCGAGGACGGCGGCAGGGAGGAUACGACGGCGGCGGAGGAAGAGACGUUGGUUGAUGUUCUGCUGAAGAUUCAGCAGGGCGAGGAGCUGGAGUGUCCGAUCACCAUCGACAAUGUCAAAGCCGUACUUUGGGAUAUGUUCGUCGCCGUGACGGACACCUCAUCGACGACCACCGAAUGGGCAAUGUCGGAGAUGAUCCGUAACCCACCCACCAUGGAAAAAGCACAAGCCGAAGUCCGGCGGGUAUUCGCCGGAAGAUCCCGCGGAAUCACCGAGGAAGACCUCCAGCAGCUCACUUACCUGAAACAAGUAAUCAAAGAAACCAUGAGGCUCCACCCGCCGCUCCCGCUCCUCGCCCCGCGGCGGAGCAACGCAGGCUGCGAGAUCGACGGCUACCACAUCCCGGCGGGGACCAACGUCCUGGUCAACGCGUGGGCCAUAGGCCGGGACCCGGAGUACUGGGACGAAGCCGACGAAUUCCUGCCGGAGAGGUUCGCCGCGGCGGCGGCCGGCGGGUCGAUUGACUAUAAAGGAGGCGCCAACUUCGAGUACAUCCCGUUCGGCGGCGGGCGGCGGAUCUGUCCCGGGAUGUCGUUCGGAUUGGCGAACGUGGAGCUCCCGCUGGCGCAGUUGCUUUGCCACUUCGAUUGGGAGAUUCCCGGCGGGAUUCCCCCGGAGGAUUUGGACAUGACAGAGACUUUUGGAGGGGUGGUGGGGAGGAAGAAUCACUUGUAUUUGAUUGCCACGCCGUACGCCGGCGGGAAGGGAGACUCUUAG